AUGGGGUGUGAAAACCAAACAGUCUGGACCGAAUUUGUCCUCUUGGGCAUUCCAUAUCCUCAACAGCUCUAUAUGCCCUUAUUCCUCUUAUUGCUUGUCUAUUUACUCUCAGUCACUGGGAAUAUUCUGAUCCUGUUGACUGUAGCGUCUAAAUCCAAUUUGCAGAAACCAAUGUAUUGGUUUCUCUGCCAUUUAGCUGUCAUGGAUAUUUCAGUGUCCUCCAUAGUGGUCCAAAAGGUGAUAGGUGGGUUUGUGGAAGGGGGACGGAUUAGUUCUUUUGAAAGCUGUCUGACCCAGCUGUUUUUCUACCAUUUUGUGGCCUGUUCGGAGUUCUUCCUCUACACGGUCAUGGCCUAUGACCGCUUCCUGGCCAUCUGUAAGCCUCUUCAUUACAGCGUCCUGAUGAAUGAAAGAAUGUGCCUCUGUCUUUUUGGCACGUGGUUUGGUGGCUGUGUCCACUCCAUCAUGGUUACCUCACUUUCAUACAGCCUGCCUUAUGGACCCAAGAAUGAGGUGGACUUCAUCGUUUGUGAUCCUUCCCUGUUGAAGUUGGCAUGUUCAGACACGUGGUUUGAGGAGAUCUUUAUCUUGGUUGACAUUGGCUUAGUAGCCAUCACCUGUGUCUUCCUCAUCGCGAUGUCCUACAUCUACAUUGUCACCACAGUUCUGAAAAUCCCCUCAGCUGAAGGACGACAACGGGCUUUCUCCACUUGUUCUUCUCAUCUCAUGGUGGUGAUGAUUUGCUACAUUCCUGUGGCUUUCAAUUAUUUGAGAAGAGAGACUCAGGAUCUUCUCAGUGGAGUGAUAGCUUUUUAUACCACCUGGACUCCGUUCCUUAAUCCGCUCAUUUAUACGUUAAGGAACAAGGAGAUGAAAGAUUCCAUGCUGAGCCUCAUUUAUAAGAUUAGGAAAUUCUAA